UGCAACUUGUUUUCUUUAUUUUUUCAGCAAUUUGUUCUUUUCUUUGUAUUUGGUUCGCUUUGUACUUUACAAUUAAUUUUUUGAACCACCCUCUUUUAGAAUUAUCUUCUGGGCAUGUGCAGAUUGUAAUCAUCCGCCAUCGCGUUCGUCUUCAACCGUUAUAGUUUUUAUUCUGUGUUAUUAUUUUUGCAAAAUGGCAUUAAAUCAGGCUCUAAGAAAUUUUCUGAAAUCUAAAAAUCGACAAGAGCCUGCAAGUUUCAUCCACCUGUUUGAGUUGUAUACAAGUCUCGAACACGAUCCUCAUGAAGAGAAAGCCCUUCCCAAGUUCCUGAAAGAAUUAAACCGAAAGAAAACUGAAGAAGAGAGGCUUGAUUUCAUGUACAACGUGCUCCAGAAGUACAACUUGCUCAGAAAUAAGUUUACGCGAGAUAGAAAACGUGAUGAACAUGCGGAACAUUGUAAACUCGAAGGCAACGUUUAUUUUUCUGAGGGUAACUAUAGCUUUGCUUUGGGGUUCUACACAAAGGCUCUUAUGGGUGCUAAUGGACCAGAAAUGCUGGCUAUAUGUUACGCUAAUCGUUCAGCUGCUUUGCUCAAGCUGGGGUUGUAUGAAGAGUGUCUGAUUGACAUUAAAAGAGCUAUAGAUCACAAUUAUCCCGAACGUUUGAGACCGAAAUUAAUGUCGCGGCGUGUGAAAGCAGUUGCACUUAAAAGAAAACAAAAAUUCGAAAGUACUUAUUAUGAGGAGGCUCCUAAAAUUCCCACUUCUCAACGAAACAAUUCAAUUCCUUGUGCAACCAAUUCGGUUGAGAUUAAAGUCGAUGAGAAAUUGCGUAAACGUGUUGUUGCCACUAAAGACAUCCAAAUUGGACAAGUGAUUGCGGUAGAAACGCCUUGUGUUGCAGCGUUAAUUAACGUUGUGCUGUUUCAUUGUCAUGACUGUUACAUUCUUUGCUACAACCCAAUUCCUUGUAAAACUUGCACAGAAGUGGUCUACUGUAGUGAAGCAUGCAGGGAAAAUGCCUUCGCCAAGUACCACCAGAAAGAGUGCCCCAUUUACUUAUCUAUGAGAAAAUUAGUGGGAAUUGAUACUCAUUUUCAAUGGGCUUUGAAAAUGACUCUUCUUGUUCAAACACAAGCGGAUAAGUGUUGUGAUAGAAUAGAUACAGAUGACGAUCGUACCAGGAAAACAUUAAUGGCAACCCUGUUUUACCAUCUUAUCAAGAACUGUACAACAGUUUUGGCUGGAGUUGAUGAAGCUGGUGUGAAGAAUUUUAAAAGGGUUUUGAUGUCGUACAUGCACAUUUGCGACUAUCACGUUUCUGAUAUUUAUGAGAUUUUUGUUCAUGGGGGAUCUCGUGACUUGGAAUUAAAACAGGAAACUUUUGCAAAGGCCAUGUAUCCGUUUUCUGACAAAUUGAGGCACUCUUGUUGCCCCAAUGUUAAGAGCUGGCAUCAUGGAGUGACAAGAGUAUUAAGGGCCAUUAGGACCAUCAAAAAGGGGGAAGAGUGUUUUUUCUCUUAUGGGCCUCUUUAUACGGACAUUGAGAAAGAAGAGCGCCAAAAUUACAUCUUUUUUAUUUACAACUUUAAAUGCGCAUGCCGUGCUUGUAAACAAAAUUGGCCUCAGACUGAAAGUGUGCCUCGAGUAGCGAUCGAAGACCACAUGUUUCUAUACACAAGGAAGAGAUUUGAUGUGGAUGCUGCUAAAAUGCUUAUUAACAGAAAAAUUGACUUGAUGAAGCAACUGGAAAGGAGUGAACCAAAUGAUGAAUUGAUUAACCAGCAAGAAAUGCUGUUCCACUGCUUCUACAUUUUGGGAAAUAAGCGAGCGGUGUUUUAAGUAUUACUACUUUGAUCAGCUUUAAAACCAUGUUUUCCUUAAACUUUUUUACAUUUUGUUCAGUUUUGUUUUUUAACCAUAAUACGAAUUAGUUUUGUUCAUUUAUUAUUACUACCUAGAUUAGGAUUUUGUUUGUAUUUUGUGUUUUUUGUCUCUAAUAAAAAGUGCUAUUUGCA